CAUGGACCUAUAUUGGAUAUCUCAGGGGUAGAUCAACAUACCAGCACAGCACAGGGCAACCCUCUGCAUCCCAAUCCCAUCAUGCCAUUCACAAACAAGGUAUUCACCGUCACCGGCGCGGCGUCCGGAAUAGGACGAGCGACAGCGAUGCUCCUUUCCCGCCGGGGCGCCCUCCUCUCACUCGCCGACAUAAAUGCAACAGCACUAGCCGAAGUCGCGGCCCAGGCCGAGACCGAGCGGGAACGAGCAGAACAUCAUACACCUACAACCACCGAACAAGUUGCGCAAGUGCAGCCUGUUUUCACCUCCGUGGUGGAUGUUCGGUCGGCCGAGGAAUGCAACGCCUGGAUAGCAGCAACCGUAUCCCAUUUCAGACAACCCCUCUCCGGGGCGGCGAAUCUGGCCGGGGUCUUCGGCCCGAGCAUCGGCCGAGCGCCCGGGGCGGUGCGGAACCUCGACAACGACGAGUUCGCCUGGGUCAUGGACGUCAAUGUCAAGGGGACGCUCAACUGCAUGCGUGCCCAGCUGGCCCACAUGCAGACGCGCGAAGGUGCACGCGGCCGCCACCACGGGGGUGCCAUCGUGAACGCUUCCAGUGUGGCCGGCAUCAGCGGCGGGCCCCUGAAUGGUCCGUAUGUCGCCAGCAAGCAUGCCAUCGUGGGGUUGACGCGCACGGCGGCCAAGGAGGAAGGGGAACGCGGCAUUCGGGUUAAUGCUGUGGCGCCGGGUAUUAUUGCCACCCCCAUGAUUACACAGAUCGAGGCGGCCGUGGGUAGCAAGGAUCUCGUCGCGCAAGGUGAUCCCGGAGUCCUUGGGCGCAAGGGAGAAGCUUCUGAGGUGGCCGAGGGGAUUGUGUUUCUGCUGGGGCCGCAGAGUAGGUUCAUUACUGGCGUUGUGCUGCCAAUUGACGGUGGGUGGGCUUGUUAACUACACUAGCAGCCUCUCCAUCAGGGGAGAAGGAUAGAGAUGGGACUCAUGGGAGCGUCUUGACAUGUUAUGUGGCC